AUGACAGAUAUAUUGAUGGAGAUUGUAACUGCUAUUGUAUCAAAGGUUGGAGAAUACCUGGUGGAGCCUUCCAUAAACCAAGCUCGUUAUAUAUUUCGUUUCAACAAAAUUGUUAAAGAUCUUUCGGAAGCAGAAAAACAAAUGCAAUCCGCAAAAGAAGACAUCGAGAAACGUGUUGAAACAGCCAAAAAAAAUGAUGAAGAAAUUUUUAAAACUGUGCAAGACUGGCAAGAUGAUACACGCAAAAUCUUGGAAGAGGUUCAGAUGUUGAAUAAAGAAAUAGAACACAAUCAGUUGAAGACUUGUUUUAAUGGGUGGUGUCCUAAUUGGGGCUCUCGACAUCAGUUGGGGAGGAAAGCAACAAAGACAAGCAUUCAGUUGAAAGAAAUUAUAGAUAGAGGCCAAUUUGAAAGGGUGGGGUGUCGUGCUCUUCUAUCAGGUGAACCUUCAGCACCUAAAGAUUUUGAAUGUUGCCGGUCUACGAAGGAUGCUUUUGAUAAGAUUAUGGAGGCACUUAAAAAUGAUGGCACCCAUAUGGUUAUAUUGUGUGGGAUGGGCGGUGUGGGUAAAACAACUUUAGCAAAAGCAGUGAGUAAAAAGGUCACCGAAGAGAGCAUCUUUAAGGAGGUUGUGAUGGUUACUGUAUCCCAAACUCCAAACCUCAUAGAUAUUCAAGAUCAACUGGCUGAACUCCUAAAUUUGGAACUUACGGAGAAAACUGAAGAGGGAAGAGCUAAGAGAUUGUCUUCAAGAUUGUCAAAGUCUAAUAAUAACCUUAUAAUCCUGGAUGAUGUUUGGGAAGAAACCAAUUUCGAGGAAAACAUAGGCGUUCCAUUGAGCAAAGGUUGCAAAAUGCUUCUAACAACCCGUAACCAAAAAGUAUACGGUCAUAAGGAGUAUCAAUCAUUAAUUCCUCUAAAUGUUUUAAAGGGGCACGAAGGAGUGGCUUUACUCAAAAGGCAAGCAGGUAUAGAUGAUGACUGUGCCCACUUGGAUUCUUUGGCUACUCAAAUUGCUAGAGAAUGUGAUGGUUUGCCUUUAGCACUUGUAACCACCGGAAGGUACUUGAGAGGAAAGAAAGAAAAUAAAACAUGGGAAGUUGUAUGUGAAAAGCUAAAAAAGUCAAAACUGGAGGAUUUAGGUAAUGUUGAUAGUACAGAAAGAGGUGUCUAUGCUAGUCUUAAGUUGAGUUAUGAUUAUUUGAGGGGAGAUAAAAUUCGAUUGUGUUUUUUGAUGUGUUCACUAUUUCCUGAGGAUUUUAAAAUUCCUUUGGAGGAUUUGGUUAGAAUAGGAGUGGGGUUAGAUUUAUUUAAAGGUGUUUCAUCCAUUGAAGAAGCAAGAGGGGAUCUGCAUUUGAUGGUUGAAGAACUGAAGGAUUUGAGUUUGUUAUUAGACGCUGAUGAAAAAGAAUUUGUGAAAAUGCAUGAUAUAGUUCGUGAUGUUUGUCUGUUGAUCGCAUCAAAGGAGGAGAAUAUAUUCAUGAGCAAGCUUUGCAAGGAUUUGAGGCAGUUGGAAAGGAAAAAAAGCUGGACACAAUAUACAACAAUCUCCUUGUUGGAAAACAAACUAAAAGAGCUUUCUAUUAGACUGGAAUGUCCUAAGCUUAAAAUAUUGCUAUUGGGUGGUGAAAAACAAUGGUUAUACAACUAUGACAAGUCUAAGUUGUUGAAAGUUUCAGAUGAAUGUUUCGAAGAGAUGAAAGCACUAGAAGUUGUAAGUUUAAGAUAUGCAGACCUUUCAUUGAAAUCACUUCAAUUCUUGACAAAUCUCAAGACUCUAGAGUUGUUUGGUUGUAAUUUGAGAGACAUUUCUUUCCUUGCCAAGCUGAACAAACUUGAGAUUCUUAGCUUUAGACAUUGUCAUUUUGACGAAUUACCAAUAGAAUUGAGUGAACUUAAGGAACUAAGAAUGUUGGAUUUACGUGGGUGUUCUGAGCUAAGAAGAAUUCCUUCCAAUUUGAUACGAAGCUUUUCUCAAUUAGAAGAAUUAUACAUGGAGGAGGACAUCUUUGAAGAAAGGGAGGUUGAAGAGAAGAGUAUAGAAACAGGCAAUGCUAGGCUUUCAGAGGUAAAUUAUCUACCUUGCUUGGCUGUUCUGUAUUUGAAAAUACAUUCAAAAUGCCUUCCAAAAGACUUUGCUUUCUCCAAACUUUCAAGAUAUCAAAUUCGUGUGAACGGAAGUAUUCAUAGAUAUUCAAAAUCAUCAAAAGCUUUAAUAAUUGCUGAUAUUGAUGCAACCUUAUUGACUGCAUUAUUUAAAGCACUAUAUCAUAGUGUAGAAUGUCUUAGUUUGGGAAGAGUAACAGGUUGUCAAAAUAUCCUCCCAAGCAUUGACCAAAAGGGAUUGAAGAAGUUGAAUACCCUUGAGGUUAGCCAUUGUGAAGACUUGAAAUGCAUGAUAGAUGCAUCGCAACUGGAGGAAGAAAAUUCUGAGUUCCAUCCAAGUUUAGCAAGGUUAGUGCUGUCAUUCUUACCAGAAUUGCAGUGUAUAUGGAAGGGGCCCAUGUCCAUUCAUAUUGUAAACUUCCAAAGUCUUACGGAUGUUUAUGUGGGAUUCUGCACAAGCUUGGCUUAUCUUUUCACUUUAUCAAUUGCCCGAAGUUUGGGGCAGUUGAAGUCACUCAGUGUUGAAGGUUGUGAGAGUUUGGAGUUCCUGAUCAAGAUAGAAGAGGGUGAUAAUGGCAGGGGAGAGAAAAUGUUGUCGAAAUUAGAAGAUCUCCAAAUUGAACAAUGCUCGAGAUUGGAAUAUGUUUUUCCAGUGUUUGUUGCAGCAGGUCUUAUACAACUUAAAAAUCUUGAAAUAAGAGAUGCACCAGAGUUGAAGCAAAUAUUUCAUGGAAAAGAAGAAAAUGAAAUUGCAGAGGAAGGAAAGGACAUCAAGUUGCCUAAUUUAAAAAAGCUAAAGCUUAACAAACUUGAAAAGCUUACCAGAUUCUUUCCAGAAAAUAAUCAUUCAACUCUCCCAGCUUUGGAAGAGUUCCAGAUGAAGGAAUGUCCGAAUUUGACAAUUAAAGAGGGAGUUCUAGAAGAGGGACUGCGGAUUGUGGAGAUAAGCAAUAAUCAAUUAUGUAAUGGAAUUCUCUCUAGGUUGAGAGGUGGCUUCUUCCAAAAUUUUGAAGAAUUAAGGAUAACAAAUUGUGGAGUAAAAGAGGUAUUUCAGAUGGAAGGACAACAACAUGAAUUAUCACUUCCAAAAUUAAAGAGUUUGGAGUUGAAUCAUCUGGAAGAACUAGACAGUUUUUGUAAAGGUCCUGCUCAUGUUCUAAGGUUUGAGAAUCUUACAACUUUAAAAAUAAGUGGCUGCAAAAAGUUGAAGCAUAUCUUCUCAUGUACUCUUGCUCUGAGCUUGGGUCAAUUGGAAUCCGUUGAAGUAAAAGAUUGUGAGAAUUUGGAACAAGUAUUUUAUUUGGAUCAUGAAAGAGAAGAAAAUGUAGGUGGAGGAGAUCAUAAGAACAUCAUGCUUCCAAAAUUGAAGAAAUUACAUCUACAAGGACUUGGAAAGCUAGUAAGCUUUUUUCCAGAAAAAUAUGAUGCAUGUUAUCGAGCUUUGGUAGAGUUCAAAGUAGAAGACUGUUCCAAAUUAACUACAACUUUCAUUGUUAAAAAGUCUCCGAAUCUGCAGGUUGUAUGGAUGAGAAAUUGCAGUAGUCAAUUGUACAAUGAAAUUUUCUCUAGGUUGAGAUAUGGCUUCUUCAAAAAAAUCAAAGAAUUAAACGUUGAAGUAAAAGAGGUAUUUCAGUUAACACAACUAGAACAUGAAAUGUCAUUCUCAAAUUUGAAGAAUUUGACCUCUUUAACAAUAACCCACUUCAACAAGCUCAAACAUAUCUUCACACCAAUUGUUGCUCAAAGUCAUCUGUUGCAAUUGAAACGGCUAUGCAUCACAGAAUGUGCGGAAUUGGAGCAAAUCAUUGAUGUUAAAGAUGGUGAAGAAGUUGGAGCAAAUCUUCUCCAAACUCUAUCAUCUAUUUAUGUGGAAAAGUGCCAUAAAUUAAGAAAUCUGUUUCCUAUCUCCAUAGCUCGGGGUUUUCAACAACUGGCAUACCUACACGUAAUUGAUAACUCUGAAUUGGAGCAAAUCAUUGAUGUUAAAGAUGGUGAAGAAGUUGGAGCAAAUCUUCUCCAAACUCUAUCAUUUAUUAGAGUGGAAAAGUGCCAUAAAUUAAAAAAUCUGUUUCCUAUCUCCAUAGCUCGGGGUUUUCAACAACUGGAAAUCCUACACGUAAUCGAUAACUCUGAAUUAGAAGAAAUAUUUGGAGAUAAUGAUGUGAUUGAUGAGAAAGAAAUCCAGUUGCCUCGACUUCAGAAUAUAGUCCUAAGAGAUUUAGCAAGCCUCACCAACUUUUGCCAUGUGGAUUAUCACUUCAUAUUUCCAAGACUUAAUCACUUGACAGUCGGACGUUGUCCGAAGAGAAGUACAAGAUUUUCAUGGGAUGAAGAUAAUGACAGUGUGCAUGCGGAAGCAAAGGCGCCCAUAAUAGGUAGCACCGAAGAUGAUAGUCAUCAAGAGCAGGCACCCAAAAUAGGUAGCCAAGAUGAUAGUCAUCAAGAGCAGGCAUCUGAAAUGGGCAGUGAAGAUGAUAUUCAUGAAGAGCAGGCAUCUGAAAUGGGCAGUGAAGAUGAUAGUCAUGAAGAGACUUCUACAUAUCUCUCUUGCUAUAAAGAUUUUCGAAUAUUACCUCGGUACAUAAAAAAUGAAGAGGUUUAUUCCAAUUCUCAUCCAACGAAAUGAAGAAAAGAACAUUGAAACUUAGAAACAUGCUCAUCAGUUCUGAUCAGUUGGCUCCACCUAAUCCAAUGAAGAUUACUCUGUUUGAAGGGAAGCAGAAGAAAAUUCAAUUUGACGAAUUUUCUAAACUGCACUUGUUAUAUAUAUUUGUUCUGUUUUAAGUCCAAUAUCAAUUCACUUAUGUGAAUUUUCUAAUGGAUUAUUGACAGAGUUUAUGUUUGGGUUAGUAACCGAUGUAUUUUGUAUAAUUUAGGGUGAAGUUGAUUAAUCUGGUGAUUAAUUGUUAUAAUCUAGUGGAUCUAAUCGGUACUUCUGCUGCUACAAUUAACUCAACUUUGUACUUCACCUCUUCAGGACUUCUGCUGCUACAAUCUUUUCAAUAUCUAUUGCUUCGUUUUACUCCUGCUGCAAAUUCUCUAUUACACAUCUUCUACUAUUGCUGUAACUU